CAGGCUAUUUUAUAAGCAAAGAACAUUCCGCUUCGCGCAGCUGGAAUUGUGUAUCAUCCAUACCGGUAGUCUAGAAACAACAAAGGGAUGGAAGGAGGCGCGAUUGGAUCCGCACGGGUUGCCUUUGACUGCAACUUGGAAAGGCGAUGAUGCCAUCCUGCUAUUAAUUAACUUAGGAAUUCCAAAGUCAUCCUGCCAUCCCGCCCUCCUGUCUCAAAGCAUAGAAGAAGACAUUGCAGGUGUUUUACCGCGACCUUUCUACCUCUCAAAGGCAUCCUGAAAGACACUUCACUAGCUGCUACAAUCACAGCUACCAACUAGACUAUCUACUAGCUAGCAGCCUGCUAGAAAUUAGCCACAGAUUCCGCUGAGCAACGGAUAGUACACGUAUCACAAGAAGUCUUUGUAUUGGAAUCAUUCGAUUCGAUUCGAUUCACUGUAGAAGGAUGUCAGAUCCUCAAAAGCUGAUUUUCUAUCAAGCAAGCAAUGAACUGCCCUUUAACCAUAAGACAAUAGUACAAUGCUCUUGGUAUGCAUCAACAGACGUACAUCCCAAAGCAAUCUCGUCGUCGAUGAUGUGGCGUUCUGAGCCACAAAAGGGCUGUACCCGAGUAGACAAGGGAGGACAAGCCCGGAAUUGCCCUCUACUACAGCAGGAUUCCAUACAAGCAAGCUACGGCAAACCUCUUUGAACCUGCGACUCCGGCAUUGAUAUGCAUCGGGGAUUCUUUGGCUCGGCCACAUGGGGCACUUACUCUCACGGAAUACCAUACGCCUUCUUCUAUCCUUGUAGCCGACAAGGAGCCUCCAGUGGCGAAAUUCCCCGACCAAUGACAACAACAUUCAUCAUUCAACGUACUCACAAACCUCUAAGCAGCUUCACAAUCGUCAACGAACGCACCUUGACGAUCGCAUCACAAUCUCCAAUCGAGCCUUCGACACACGGAACUUCCAAAUUCGAGCCUUCGACACACGGAACGAGGACCAAGCACAGGAGAAAGCAGCCAUCAAGUGCGCUCAAUGACGAACUACACCCUCAGCCCAACUUCAGGCUUCCCGCCCGCGAGCAGUGUGGCCCACGAAUUCGGCGUCAUGGUGGCUUCGUCCGAGACUAGCAGUAUCGGUUCCUCCUCCAACAAGAGCCACCAACACGAUGCCAUCGACGCUGCUGAAAAGGGUCUGGGCGCAGGAACGUUGGGCGACCGUGACCCAACUACAAGCCCUUCUCGUUCUCUUGUGACGGAAAAGUCAAAGGCGAAAAGCUUUGACUCGUGCACCAGCACGGAAACACAUUCAUCAACCGUGAUUCUUGGCACCAACUAUCAGACGGGUGAGAAUCAUGACAUCUUCCCUAUUCUGCUAGAAGAAUCUUCGAAUGGAGAUGGCGGCCCCAAUGAAGAUGGCAGCAGCGGCAGCAGCAGCAGCAGCAGCAGCAGCAGCAGCAGCAUCAACAAAGCCACCAACGAUUCUGCAACUGUAUCUAGCUCCGGUACUGGGGCUGCUGCUGUGGCACAAACCGAGACAAAGGCGGUUUCUCAUCUAAGGAUUUUUCUGCUGGUCUUCUUGGCACUAUCGGCAUUUGGAGUUGCCCUGGCUGUUUACGUCUUUACUACGCGUAUUGAACUCGAACAACUGAAGCAAGUGUUUGAUGAUCACGCCGCCACAGUCAUGGGUGCAUUGGGUGGCUCCUUGGAGUUGACUUUGGGUGCGCUGGAUACAUAUGCCAUUGGUUUGGUUUCAUUCGCCAAGUUCACAGGGGCAGAAUGGCCUUUUGUGACGUUGCCCAACAUGGCGGUAAGGCUGGCCAAGCUAAGGACUCUUUCCAAGUCCAUGGCCAUCCGGCAUUACCAUAUUGUACACGAUCAGGAGCAGCGUUUGAAAUGGGAAAACUACAGCAUCCACCAUGAUGAUUGGGUUCUAGAUGCGAUGCAUGCUCAGCUUCAAGAUCGGAACUAUCAUGGUUCAAACUACGAAAGCUACUUUGCCAAAGGCAGCCUUUACAAUAGUAUGGGCGAAAAUCGCAGUUACGACGAGGAGGGCCCCUUCUUACCGACUUGGCAAAACUACCCCGUACUUCCAGUGUGGCCACCGUACAAUUGGGAUGGGGCCAUUUAUCCUGAGUUGGUUGAAGCCCUGCCGGAGUUGCUUUCGAUGCACGUCGUGUUGUCGCAUGUGACAAACCUGCCCAAUGAUCCCACAAACCAAGAGGAUGCUGCUGUGGCGGAACACCAUAACCAAUGGGCCAAGGAGUACUUGUCGCCCCAAGAUGAUCCUUCAGAACCCUUUGGGGACCUCUUUUACCCCAUCAUGGACUGUGCUUCUGAUGUUUUGUCCAUGACCCUUUCUCAUUCCACGAAGCAUUUGAGCCAUGAGGAUCAUGCGCAUCUUCAUCAAAGUCACGACGAACAUAAAGGACAUGGCAUGGAUAUAAAGACGGUCCUAGAAGAUCAUCAGAAUGAUGGAGGUGACAACUGCUCUCUGGUGGGAGUUCUAGGAGUUACCAAGUACUGGCGGGACUAUCUCAAUGACAUCUUGCCUGCCGGUACCAAGGGUUUGGUUGCAGUAUUCGAGUCGAUGUGUGGUCGGGCGUUCACCUAUCAGAUAAACGGCCCUGACACCGAGUAUCUAGGACCGGGAACCUUGCAUGACACUCGUUUUGACACCCUGAAACAAACGGCUUGGCUGCACAACCUUGACGCCUUCUCUUCUCGUGACCGCGACUACACUGGCUUGCCAUUGGGCAGUGACACUUGCUCCUACAAGAUAUCUUUGUAUCCCUCCGAGGAAAUGCUGAGAAGCCACACGACGAGUAAUCCUGUUGCGUUCACAGUCGUUGCCGUGGCGAUCUUUGCUUUCACUUCCUGCAUUUUCCUUUUGUACGAUCGAUAUUCUGAGCGCCGCCAAACUUUGGUAAUGGAAACGGCCGUUCAAUCCAAUGCUAAUGUUUGCAUCUUAGAAGAAAAGGUUCGGGAGAGGACCAAGAAAUUGGAAGACUCAAAUCUGCUACUUCACAAAGCCAACGAACAGGUGACGUUGGCUUCUGCAAGGCAACUGCAGCAUUUUGCUUCAAUGUCCCAUGAGAUCCGAACCCCACUCAACGGCAUAAUCGGUCUUGCCAGUCUGUUGCAAGAGAGCAAGCUUGACAGCAAACAAGAAGAAUCCAUGAGGAUGAUUGUCACAUCGGGGGGGUUGCUGCUACGUGUCGUGAAUGACGUUCUGGACUACUCAAAGCUGGCCGCUGGCAAGGUCGUCAUCGAGGUAGAGCAGUGCCAGCUACAAGAUACCCUAAACGCAGUGGUUCGCUCUAUUGAGACAACUGCCACUUCCAAACGAAUCACUCUCGAAACCUACUACGACGCAACAAUCGGGGAGACCUUCCAGACAGAUAGUCGUCGCCUUCUUCAGAUCCUCUAUAAUCUCCUCGGCAAUGCAUCGAAGUUUGGUUCUGACGGUGGCAUUGUGGAACUUCGAGUGCACCACUUUCUUGCGCAGCUUCCAAGCGCGGACAUCGGAAAAUGCCCUGAAACCAGCGACACCAAGUUGGAGGGCAUGCAGGAAGCUCCACAGCAAAGAAUGCUCCGCUUUGUGGUAAAAGACUAUGGAAAAGGAAUACAUGAAAAGGACUAUGAAAAGAUAUUCCAACCAUUCUUGCAGGCUAGCAGCGAGACCGAACGACUGUAUGGGGGCUCGGGCCUUGGCCUUGCCAUCACGGGAAAGCUUGUCAAGGCCCUGGGUGGUAGAAUAUCCGUUAAAAGUGAGGUGGGGAAAUGGACAGAAAUGUUUGUGGACUUUCCUCUUUGUGAUCACACAGCUCCAUCAGCAGAUGUUGCGGGACUAUCCUCCAGACUCCAAGGCUCUACCGUGUAUAUCGUUGGAGACGUCAAAUCCAGGGAUGUUAUCGAAACGAAGCGGUUCAUGCAGAUUUACUCUGUAGAUGCACAAGUUUUUGAUACCAUGAAAGACGCCAUACCCCCGCAAGAUCAAGAAGUAGACACAGAACGCGCCCAUGUGUUCCUCAUUCAGGAAGACCGCUACGACGAAGAUGAGUGCCGUCGCUGGUCAAAGUUUGCUAAAACGGUGCUUCUCACCUUUGGACACGCAUUCGGAGUCAAGGGAUCGGACGGUCAUUACAGGUCCCUGACGCAACUGCUACCAUCCGUAUUGAUUAAGGAUAUCGGGGACCAUGUUACAAGAGCUAGUCAAACGCAAAAUCCCGCCAGGACUGCUGGAACAAGCACCAAGUCAACCUCGGACGAAGAGAAGGAACCAUCGUACAAGAACUACAAGAUUUUGGUUGCCGAAGACAACCUAGUGAACCAGAAAGUAGUCGUUCGAAUCUUAAAGAAACUGGGGAUCCUUAAUGUACAGGUAGUUGACAACGGGAAGAAAGCUGUUGACGAAGAAGCGGAUGGGUCAUUUAAUGUGAUCCUGAUGGAUAUGCAGAUGCCAGUGAUGGAUGGUAUUGAUGCAUGCCGCUAUAUCACCGAGCGUCAAAAACGCGAGAAUGACAGGGAAGGGGCCAAGGUAAUCUUCGUGACAGCCCACGCUCUUGACCACUUCAAAGAAAAGUGCCAAGAAGCAGGUGGUUCUGGAUUCUUGUCAAAGCCGUUCCGUUUGCAGGAUGUGGAGAGUUGUUUCCAAAAGAUUCAGGCAAUGAUAGAUGCUAAUCAAUCAUACCACGAGGGACUCUGGUGAUCCGUGCAGGCACAGGAAGCUGAAGUUAAAACAGUGCCUGCCAUUCACUAGGAAAUUCAAAUUUUCAUGAGCACAUUCGCGAAAGGUUCAACAAGGACGUUCAUGAAGAGUGGUUCAUUACCGGUACUGUUGACCCCUUUCAUGAACGUGGUUCAUGGUUCAUUGGACUUCUGCGAUUGGUGAACUGCUACAUAAAAUCAGGUUCACAAAGCCAAUAUUGCGGAUUCAUGUUAAGUUAGGUGAGAUUUUCCUUUAUUAGUUGGUCAGAUAUACCCUCUUC